AUGUCACGUCGUGCCGGCUCGACUUGGUGCUCGUCGCCGUCCUCGUCGUCCUCAGCAGCGACCCCUCCCACACCAGCUUCAGCCUCGCGCAUCACACCUCGUGAAGCCGGAUUGUCUUUUUCGCCGAGCAGGUCGAGUGGUACCAAGCGUCGUGGGCAACAGUGAGUUCUUCCUCGCACCCAUUCCGGCACCUCGGGGCGAGCUCUCCGAAGCUCAAGUGUGAGACGAUCACGUCGAGUACCGCAGCGUACCGCACUCAGUACACUUCCAGACCCUUGAUUCGGAAUAUACACUGACAUUGUGGCUACAUGUGACUGGACAGACGUGCAUCGACACCUCCGACUUCUUCCCCUUCGUCGGUCCUGAACGGAGCCGCCUCCCCCCACUCGUCACCGACCAUCGCCGUCAAGUUCGCGGGCAAGAUCUUCCGCACCCUCGACACCAAGCUACAGGGUGUAGAAUACUCGAGCGAAGCCAAUUUUUUGGGCGAACCGGACGAGCAAGUCGGCGACCUCGAACGCGAACGGGCUGACGAACGGCGGAAGCGACUCGAGCGAGCGAUGCUCGUCGAAGCUCCCGAGAUGACGGACAAGAGACGACGCGGCACUCAGGACCCGCUCAAAGAUACCGAACCAUCGAAGCGGGCUCGGACAUUGCUCAGUCGUCACGAAUCGCUGUCCUCACUCUCUGCUUCGUCCCCGACGACGUCUCCCGUCAAGGCCGAGACACCGACAAGACGACGACCAGGUCAAAGUCGACACGAGGCCGCGCGAACACCGUCUCCUCCACCAGCGCCCUUCUUGGCACGGACGCUACCCACAUCCUCUGCCGCACUAAGCCAGGCCUUUGCUCUCGAAACAUCGUUGUCAAAAAAGAGCUCGCUUCCUCCAGCACUCGCCGACCUCGUCGCAUUGCAUGCCGCACUCGAGGGCGCCUUGAUCAUGCACCUCGGCACGUCAGGGUGGGCAGUCGCAUCAUCAGCAGUGACGGAGCACCAUCCGGAUGGUAGCUCGACGAUACGUAUUCCUAACUUGAUUGAUCUCGAUGAUUUGACCAAGAUGCUGCAGAGCGGGGCACGGCGGUUCGGGCAGCGUGAGCUUGCUCGGCUGGUUUGGGCGUGGCAGGGGUGUGACAUGUCGGAGGCAUCGAGCAGUGACGGCGAAGUGAGCGAUGAUGAGCUCAUGAUCGAGCACCGCCGAGAAGGCGAGGCCGGUGGACUAGGCUUCAUCGUCUCCAAGACACGCGUUGGACGAGCAGGCAAAAUUGAGAACACGUACGGCGUCGGCAUUUCGGUCUCGCUCAAGUCGAACCCUCAGCUGCCCAAGUUCGAGCUCUUGCCUCCAACGUCGCCCUCCCAGCGCUCCAACAAGGCCCCCGAGGCUCCUCCAAGUCCUAGUAGUCUGGGUCGAGGUCGCGACGGGAUGAGCGUCGUUGCUCUUUGGACACAGGGCAAGAACGCUCGACGGACAGAGCUCGAAAGACGCCUCCGCGCAUGGGGCAAGCGAUGCUCUCGAGCCGAGCAGGUGCGGAUUAGCCCCAUCUACAACCCUUCGUUGCCACCUUUCCCAUCCGAAAUCCCUGAAAUCCCACGGGCGACCCUCCCCUCGCUUGAAGCAGCAGCGAUCGCCGUCCCUGGCACAUUGUCGCCGAGUCCGAAGAAACCGCGCGCACCUCUGAACGACGUCUUUGGCCCCGCCGUACCUAUUGCGGGCCCGAAUCGCUCGGUGCUGAUGCUGCUCGAAGAAUCGGUGGUCAAACAUCCUCCGUCGGCGGCCAAGGUCAAGGCGAGCGAGAGGAACCGAAUGAUGCGCGAGAGGGUCAGUCACCUGCGACAGCAAUCUGGACAGACAAAUACGCUGACAUCUGGCGUUUGUUAUUUAUCCGCAGCUCGCUGCGAAACACGCCGAGUCCUUGCUGCCCUCGACGAAUCAGGCUUUUCUGUCCUCGAUCGCCGAAGCCGCGUCGCCGUCCAAGAGUCUCAAGCGACAACGCAAGGGUGAAGCUGAGGAAGCAUGGUCGGUCGAGAAGGAUAUUUAUAAACGCAACGCCAUCAUCAGUCGACUGGGUAACAUCGCUGACGUGGUCGCCAUGUUCUCCAAGUGAGUCGGCUACUAGGUUUAGUCCUCGCGACUUUGGGUCGUCUUACUGACCGGUCUGAGGAUCCACUUUGUAGCAAAUGCGGUGGUCGACCGAGUUUGGUCUAUGAUAUUGCCUUGGCCGUUGCGAACAGUCCCCUGGUCAAGAUCGGAGAAGGUGCGUCGCUGCUCCCCCACAACCCCUCACUCGUCAAAUUUCUUUUGCGAAUGCUGACUUUAUGCCGACCCAAUCCCCACAGACGAGGCAAUGGAAUCCUUGCACAUGCUCUGCAACCUCUUCCCCGAUUUUUCGACCAUCAAAGCCGUCGAUCGACAGGACUGGUUGUACGUCAAACGCGAGGCCCGUCCGACGGUCGUCAAAGCGCGGGUGGCCGAAGAGUUGGAAGCGGUUCGGAGAAGGGGUGGUAGUAACUUGGCGUGA